UUGUUUUUGGCGCAUCACUUAUGUUUUCCAGCAGCGUGUAGGUUCUAGGAGCCAGGCGUAGCAGCUUUGAACACUUCAUACGUUUGUAUAGUUCACUAAAGUGUAUAGAAUGGGUGAAAUGUCUUGAAUUAAUAAAGAACACAGUCUGUGUUGUUCACUUACUAUCCCUUUCAGUUUCGGUGGUAGGCUACGGGGUUGCCUUCGUGCCUAUAGGAAACACCGCCUCCAACUCCAAUGACUCACUUUGUUGUUCCGAAGUGCAUGUUUUAGCUUUCGAAACAAGUUAAACAGGCGCACCCUUGGAUUAGGGAGGUGUAUUAUUAGGCUCUGACUGGUUUGUUCAUUCAUUUGUAGGCUAAGUGUUCAACUGUGAAUAUCUGAAAAGUAGCCUGAAAAUGGAGAGAUGCUGUGGUCUCGUUACGGAUAAGAAAGAAAAAGUUCCCCUGAAGAGUGUGGAAGUGGAUGUGCAGGUGCAGGGCCAUGUGGCCACGGUGUCCUCCACUCUGCUGUAUGUGAAUGAAGAGGAGCACCCCCUGGAGGCUGUGUUUGUGUUCCCGCUGCCCGCAGAAUGUGCCCUCUGCCACUUCAGCGCCAAACUAGGAGACGUGGAGGUGGUGGCAAAGCUGCAGGAUAAACAGAAGGCACGCGAGGAGUAUGAUGAUGCACUGAGCUCAGGCAAGCAGGCUUUCCUGCUGCAGGAGAGCGAGCAGAGCCCAGACAUCUUCCAGCUGAAUGUGGGCAGCCUGCCUCCAGAACAGAGUGCCGCCAUCACGCUGGUCUACAUCUCCGAGCUGGCCAUGCAAGCUGACGAUGCCCUGCGCUUCUGUCUGCCUGCUGUGCUCAACCCCCGCUACACGCCACGGGACGUGGACCAGAGUCAAAUGGCCACUAUAACAUCAGUGCCGGCUGAUGCAGUUCCGUACACGUUAGCUGUGAGGGCUCACCUGUCCUCCCCCCAGCCCAUCUCUAAAGUGGAGUCCAACUGCUCUCUGGAGCCCCUAGAGUACCUCAACUCAGAUAAAACAGGGGCCAAGGUGAGUUUGUCUUCAGGGCACAUGUUUGAUCGGGACGUGGAGCUGCUCUUCUAUUACCAAGACGCUCACAAGCCUACUGCCAUCGUGGAGGCUGGACAGGAGAGCACAGAACCAGGCUAUCUGAUGAAGGACCCCAUUGUUAUGCUCAGCUGCUACCCAGAAUUCCCAGCUUCAGUGACGUCCUCACUUGCCUCUUGUGGGGAGUUUAUUUUCGUGGUGGACCGCUCUGGCAGUAUGGACUGCAAGAUGCACUCUGGAAAAGAUGCCAAGAUGCGCAUAGACAGUGCUAAGGACACCCUUCUCUUGCUCCUCAAGAGCCUUCCUAUGGGCUGCUACUUCAACAUCUAUGGCUUUGGCUCCCGUUUCGAACAUUUUUUCCCGAAGAGUGUUGAGUACAACCAGAAGACCAUGGACGAAGCUCUUGCCAAAGUGAAUGGCAUGAGGGCAGAUAUGGGGGGCACUGAGAUCCUGCAACCACUGAAGCACAUCUACAGCCAGCCAUGUGUUCCCAAUCACCCCAGACAGAUCUUCAUGUUCACUGAUGGAGAGGUGGGAAACACAAAGGCCGUUUUGGACCUGGUAAAACUUAAUGUACAUUCUCACCGAUGCUUCUCUUUUGGUAUUGGUGAGGGUGCCAGCACUGCUUUAAUCACUGGCUUGGCCAAGGAGGGUUCUGGGCAUGCUCAGUUCAUCACAGGAACAGACCGCAUGCAACCCAAGGUGAUGCAGUCUCUCCGCUAUGCACUGCAGCCAGCAGUGAAGGACAUCUCAGUGGAAUGGACCCUUCCAGAUGGCGUGUCAGUCACCACUUUGUCUCCUCCACUCAAAGUGCUCUUCCAUGGCCAAAGGGCACUUCUGUAUGCUCAACUCAAAGGAGAGAGCCCUGGAAAUCCUGAGGGAUCUGUGACGAUACAGUACAGCCUGCUGGAUCAGACAGUGAAGAACCAACUCAACUUCAGUCUAAAACCUGCAGGUGGCACAGGAGUGACUGUGCACCGGCUGGCUGCUCGGGCCCUGAUGAGGUCCAUGGAGAUGGAGGAGAGGGCUCGUGGGCCAGAGGCGAAGGCUGUUCGAGAGAAGCUCCUGGAGCUGAGCCUGCAGUCAGGAGUCAGCUGUGCACACACGGCCUUCAUCGCCACCCACAAGGCCAGCGGAGAGACAGUGCAGGGGCCUCUGCUCCACAGACCUGUGCCAACACCAGGAAUGUUUUUUGGGGGCAUGAUGCCCAUGGCCAUGUGCUGCUCAGCCCCAAUGCCUCAGCCAAUGCGUCAAAUGGCUCGAUCUGCACCUCGAAAAAUGGUUGCAAAUUGUGCAGCUCCAAUGGCACGUAUGUUUGGUGGUGGUGGUAUGGGACGUAAGAACAUUCGAAGGGGCGGAAUGGGCGGAAAACCAUUAGAAUCUGCCAGUUGUGUGCCUCCAAAGGCUGAGAUGGAUGGCUGCAUGGAGAAAGAGGCGAGCCUGCCAGAUGAGGAUUUCGAUAUGGAACCAGAGUCACCCCAGAUCACAGAUCCCCUUCUUCAGCUGAUCUCCCUCCAGAAGGCGACUGGCUCGUGGCACAUGGACAGCUCAUUGGCUAAAGUACUGGGAACGACAGAGGACAAGUUGGCCAAGGGGGAACCGAAAGGGGUGGACAAGGCCGUGUGGGCUACAGUUCUGGCUCUCAUAUGGCUCCAUGGCUUCCAGCUGAAGGCACGUGAUGAAUGGCAGUUUGUGGCCAUGAAAGCAGCAUCAUGGAUUCAAGCCCAGAAAGUAGGCAAUAUCUCUCAGUGUGUGGAGGCUGGAAAUGCUCUGCUGGGAUGUACGGUGGAUCAGAAGACUCUUGGCCUCUAAGGACCUCCCAGCCUGUCUGCAUGUGUCUCCCUGUGUGCUUAUUACUGCCAUUUUUUUACCUGCUACCUCAAAUUGCUACUUUACUGUUUGUUUAUAAAGGUCCCUGGGGUGCGUUUCUCGACAAUAUCAUUGCGAACAAACAAAGUUAGCAACUUACUUGGUUGUAAUGCAGUUUUUCAUAGGAAACCUAGAAAGUUGCUAACUGGUUACUUAGCAACGAUUCUCUCAGGAAACGGGCUCCUGGUUAGUAAAAACCCGUUUUUUUGUCAUUUUGGAAGUUGACUCCAACUGAAGUUUAGUGUGUAAAUUUAAUUUGGGAGAAAUGGGACUAUAAGCAUAUUUGUGGUCUGUGUGGUGUUAUUAAUAAUAUUCAAUUUAAUUCAAUAUGUUCAUUUGAUGUGGACAGAGCAAAAUCACAUUGGAUAAGAGCAAUGAUACAGUAAGUAAGUAAAUCAGUCGCGGUUGCAUCAAAACCGUUGAAUGGCGUUCUAUGAAACCACCCUGUCUCCUUAUACUGUAGACGUCCUUGGAUAAGCUAUGCAUUUGUUUGAGUCAGGAGGCUCACCAAAUAUAUAUACAAAAACAAUACACACAUGAUAAGAGAAAAAAGACAAUAAAAAGUGAAAGACCAAUAACAAUAAAAUGAUAAUAUUAUGCUA